AUGCCUCAGGAGUUUACAGGAAAUUUGGUGGAGCCACGAGGCAUGAGACACAGUGAGAGCAUGAGAGGCAGAAUAAUGACUAGGAAGAGGCAACGUGCACAUCGAGGAUCCGAGCAUUGGACGCUAGACGAAGACGAAGACCAUGUUUUGCAGAUGGACCCAAGUCUCAUGACGGAGCGUCAGCAGAUGGCAUUUCUAUUGCGAACAACAGCUCAUGAAGGAUUGAAAACGUCGCGGUCAAGUGAUGAAAGCUCAGAGGAUGAGACUGGAAUGUCGUUGCGCCAUGUGAAGAAGUCUAAAUGGAUACCUGGAGAGAAACAUGAAGCGACUGCUACGUCGAUCCAUCGAGGCCGCGGCCGUCCGUUAAAGAACAAGAAGAGACUAAAUGGUGGAAACACGAAAUUACGAGUGAAGGCAGAGAAGAAAAAGCACAAGGCAAUGGAUGAUAAAAAGGUUGAAAAUAAGCCUAGUCCUGUGAGCUCGGAUGAUGUAUCACAGUUGAAUGCUGCGCGGUCUCUUAGAAACAAAACACCGCAAUGUGCCCUAUGUUGUGACUAUGAUACAGCGCACGAGGCGUCGUACUCGAACGUGCUGUUCCUAUGUCCCUCAUGUGACCGAAAGUACCCGACGCAGCAGGCGCUUGGUCGACGUGCCUGCGUGAUCUGA